AUGAAGGUCCUCUAUAUUGGUGUCCUCAAGAAUGAGACCAAACCCGCGAUCGAACUUUGCGCCGAGCGCGAUCUGUCCAGCUUCGGCCGCUUUACACGGGGAAGCGUCGGAGAGUUCAUGUCAUUCACAGCAAAGACGGUCGCUUCUAGAACACUACCAGGGCAAAGACAGGAUGUCGAGGAGUCAGCGCGUUCAGAUUACACAUUCCACGCCUACGGCCGUUCCGAAGGCGUGUGCGGCCUCAUGAUCACCGACCACGAAUAUCCCUCCCUCGUAGCCCACCAGCUUCUCUCCAAAGUUUGCGACGAGUUUCUCUCCAAAUACCCGCGCUCCGCUUUCGCCAACGCGACCGAAUCGGCCAACAUGUCCUACCCUGAGCUCAAAGACUACAUCGUCAAGUACCAAGACCCACAACAGGCCGACAGCAUAAUGAAGAUCCAAAAAGAGUUGGACGAGACCAAGAUCGUGCUACACAAGACCAUCGAGAGUGUGUUGGAGCGAGGAGAGAAGAUUGACAACCUGGUUCAGAAGAGUGAUGAGCUGAGUGCAUCGAGCAAGAUGUUCUACACACAGGCUAAGAAGCAAAACUCUUGCUGUAUUGUCAUGUAA